AUGAAUCUUGUAGAGGUAGAAGAAUUACUUGAAAGAAUAGAAAAUCGAGACAGUGGUGUGGAUACAAGACUAAAUAAAGGACAGUCUGUUCAGAUCAAUUUCCAAAAGCCAAUUGGCAGAAAAAAUUUUUCAACAGAAAAAACUGACUAUGAAAGGAAAAAAAUGGAUCAGCACAAACUAAAAUUCAAUGUCAAUGGGCACACUUCCUCCUUGCAUGGAUCAAUCUAUCAUUCUGAUGCUGAGAAGAAGAAGGAUGCCUCUGAUCUCACUCUGCACAAUGACAGCUCCUUCUCUUCUCUUGAUACGGAUAAAUUCAUGAUUGAUUUUAAGCCCAGUUAUGAAGCCAGUGAAAGUAAAAUUAGUCUUAUAGAACCAAUUAUUUUCGAAGAAAAUGAAAAAUUCGUCACUCCUCAACCAACAAGUUUGAUGCCUACGAUGAAUCAAAGUGAUGCUCAAAGUAAUGUUCCUAACAAUACAGAUUAUUCUCUUGAAAACAAAAAAGAUACUUGUUAUGAUGCUACCUUAGUCUCAAGAUUCACAGAAGAAAUGACAAAAUCACAAACCAUUUCUCCUUCGGUUUCGAUCGUUAAUCAAAAUACACAAAUGAUGAGCUGCAAAAGCUGCCCUAGUAUAUUCAAAACACCAAGUAGUGUAUGUAUUUCGAAUCAUUUGGAUAGUACAAAACACACUGAGUUUUUAAUCAAUGGGAAUGGUAGUAGUAAAUCUUGUGAUAGAAAUAAUGUAAGUACUUCAAGUCAUGUUGAACAGCAAUACCAAAAGCCACAAAGGUUGCUGACUCUCUCAGAUUUCUGGAACCAAGAUUCAAGUAAAUCACAAGAAGAACAACUAAAAAUCAAACUAGAAGAAGAAAAGUUAAAGAGACAGCAUUGUGAGAAAAUGAUUCAAGAAUUGCAAAAAAAGUUAUUAGAACAGCAAGAAAAGAUUGCUGUUGCUAUUGGCGUGGAUGAUGAAAAAAAUUUAUUUAUAGCACAAUUCCAAAUGUCAUGGAAAAAAAUGAAACAUAAAUUAUGUGAAUUGGAAAGUGAGAGAGAAAAUCUGCAAAAACUCAUAAAAAGCAUUUCGGACAAACAUCAAUUGGAGAUUACAGAAUGCCAAGAGCAAAUAAAAAAGAACGAAGAUGAAUUAUCGAAAGCCUUAAAUUUGGCAACUGGGUAUAAAGAAAAGAGUGAUAGUCUGGUCAAAGAAAAAUUAGAAUUAUUAAAGAGCCACGCUGACGAAUUAGAAAGCUACAAGUCACUGGUUCAAGAAGCGGAAAGUAGGUACGAAGAAAUGAAAAAGGAGUGCCAAAAGCUGUUGGAAAAGAAUCAACAAACUGAUGAAACUUUAAAAAGCGUCCAGCAAGAUUUAAAUAAGGAAUUAAUUAAAAGUAACGAGGUGAAGUCCGAGUUGGCAAUUAUACACAAAGCCUUAGACACUUGUGAGGCAGAAUUGGCGCUUUUACGUCAAGAAAAAGAAAAUGCGCAACUUAAAUUGAAAGAGGAGUUAAGCAGAAAUAGUAUACUAGAGCAAGGAAAAGCUAGUUUGCUAAUAGCUGUUGACGAAGUGAAAAAAGCAGAGAAACUUGCAAAAAACGAAGUUAAAUCAUUAAUGGAGCAACAAGAAAAGUUAAGAGCAGAACUCCGAGAUAUUUAUCAAAAACAAGUUGACGAAGUUGUUAAGAACAAGCUUCAAGAAUUUCAGAAACAACUUGACUCUGCCGAGAUGAUUUUCCAAAACGAACUUGAGACCAAACAGCGAGCCAUAGCGGAAAUUGCCGCGCGGAAAAUAAAAAGUGUCAUUGAUAAACAUCAAUUGGAGAUAAAUCUCGUUGAAGAAAAGCACAAAGAAGAAAAAAAACUGUAUGAAGUAAAAUUAGCUCAAGAAACGCAAAAAUCGGCAAUGUUUGAAGUACAACUGAAUACGUACCGAAAAAGUAAAACAAAUAUUGUAGAACAGUUGCACUCUAUGAUGCAAAAACAGUGGCAACAAGCUUUGUUAAUUAUUUCAGGUGGCAACUUGGAUAAUCUGCCGUCCAUUCAACAGAUUAAUGUUGAAAAAUUAUUUGAUAAUUCCGGUCAAAUGAAUCUUGACUUAGUUUCUAAGCCUUGUAAUGGAUCACCUUCAAAGCCAGUAAAAUUAGAACGUCAAACAAAUUCAAAUUUGCAAAGUAUAAAGAAACAAGAGCACCAAGAGGAAAGUUUUUUAACUUUAACUUCAAAUGAUGAGACGCCUCCGAAAAAGGAUUCAAAAAAUGAUUUUGAAAAAUACAUAAAAAUGAUUUUAAAUAUGCAACGGUCACAAGAUGAUUAUUCAAAACCCAAAUUUUUUAAUACCAGUCCGACAUCGUCGCACAACGAAAAUUCGAACAAAAAUUUUACAAAAAAAGAUACAAACACGUCUAAUGAUGAAAAUUCUACGUGGCAACCUAAUUCCGAGAUGUCGGUGCACGACACCAGUGAAUAUUUGAGUGUACCUCAAAAAUUUAGUCCCUGUAAGACUGAUCAACAAAAGCAAAAGCCACCGUGGAAAUGACCUCGUUUAAAUUAUUACACAGACGUUGGAGUAGAUGAGGUUGACUGUACAU